UUUGGUGGAUUGCUCUCAGGGUCACGCUCUCGCCCUCCCCUCGGCCAAUGGUUUCGCCCUCCUCCCCUACGCCCGGUGUGGAAUGGUCUCUCCCUCUAGCCCAGGGCCGGAGUCCUUUGCGCCGCGUGGGAGCCGGGAGCCGGAUCCAAGCGGAGCAGGAGCCGCCGAACCGCCGCCGUGAUGAGCGGAGACCACAACCCCGCCAGCACCCCGACUCCGGUCCAGGACGUGCAGGGCGACGGACGCUGGAUGUCCCUGCACCACCGCUUUGUGGCAGACAGCAAGGACAAGGAGCCCGACGUGGUUUUCAUCGGGGAUUCCCUGGUGCAACUCUUGCACCAGUGUGAGCAGCUCUGGAGGGAGCUCUUCUCCCCUCUUCAUGCCCUCAACUUUGGCAUCGGUGGGGAUAGCACUCAGCACGUCCUGUGGAGGCUGGAGAACGGAGAGCUAGAGCACAUCCGGCCCAAGAUUGUGGUCGUCUGGGUGGGGACCAAUAAUCACGGGCAUACGGCAGAGCAGGUUGCGGCUGGAAUUGAGACGAUCGUGGGCCUGGUGAACCAGCGGCAGCCCCAGGCUCGAGUGGUUGUGCUGGCCCUACUCCCAAGAGGCCAGCACCCCAACCCACUGAGGGAGAAGAACCGUCGUGUCAAUGAGCUGGUCCGAGCUGCCCUGGCAGGCCGGCCCCGUGCUCACUUCCUGGAUGCCGAUCCUGGCUUUGUGCACUCAGAUGGCACCAUCAGCCACCACGACAUGUAUGACUACCUGCAUCUGACCCGCCUGGGCUACACGCCUGUGUGCAGGGCUUUGCAUGCUCUGUUGCUGCGCCUCCUUGCUGCAGGCCAGGGAAACCCACAGCCUGAGCCUGGCCCCUGAACUCACUCCCCAAUAAACACCCUCUUUCUUUCCCCAGGAA